UCGAGGCGUAAACACAAGUUGCAGACUUUAUCCAAAUUUAGGGUUUUCUUUUUUUCUUCGUCCUCUUCAAAACUCAGAUCAUCAUCAGAUCUUCGAAACCCCAAUUUCACAAAUCAGAUCUCAGUUUCCCGGUUAAUUUCACCCUCAAAUCAACUAAGUUUCAUGUCUGAACUUGACUCCCAGGUUCCUACUGCCUUUGAUCCGUUUGCUGAUGCGAAUGCUGAGGACUCAGGUGCCGGAACAAAAGAGUACGUUCACAUCCGUGUCCAGCAGCGAAAUGGUAGGAAAAGCUUGACAACCGUCCAGGGCCUGAAGAAAGAGUACAGCUAUACCAAGAUUCUUAAGGACCUCAAGAAAGAGUUUUGCUGCAACGGCACUGUGGUUCAGGAUUCCGAACUUGGACAGGUUAUACAGCUUCAAGGUGACCAGCGUAAGAACGUCUCCACAUUCCUUGUUCAGGCUGGUCUGGUGAAGAAGGAUAACAUAAAGAUCCAUGGUUUCUAAGCUAUCUAGUGAAGAAGCAUAUUAUUUAUAAUAAAAAAAAAACAUAUCAUUUCCCUCCUUUUGAUUUCUUGUUGCGAAUUUCGGGUUUGAUUCGAGUAGAGGAAGAUCAUAAUCUGUCUUCUUCCUAGUGUCCUUCCUGUUUGGUAUUCGAAUUUAAUGGCUUAUGCCCAUACUUAUUCAUCUUCUUCCCCUGUCUCUGCGUUACUCUGUUUCAACUCUUACCUAUGUAAUAAUAUCAGAUUGUUAAGAUAACUUCUUCUAAAUUGUCAUACUUAUUGGUUUUUCCUUCA